ACAAUCACCGCUGUCGGUAGUGUCGUAAGAUUUUGUGUUAUAGAAAAAAAAUCCACUCUUUUUCUGCAAAACCGGCAGCUUUACAAUGUCGUUCGACUUAAAGAACGAAUCGGACGUCAAGGAGUACCUGGAGAAACUGGGCAUCGAAUAUCGAUUCGGAUGCUACUCGGAGAAAAAAGCGGACGUUUGCCAUCUUCUCGGUGACUAUCUGGAGGGCAUCAAGAAGGAUUUCGAUAAAGCAGCCAAAGUGUACCGGUCCAACUGCGACGACUAUGGGUAUGCGAAAAGUUGCCUCAAGUACGGGAACUAUAGCUUCCUGGGCAAAGGACGUGCCUCGGACAAGGGUGACCCUGUGAAAGCAUACCAAUACUACGAAAAGGGAUGCCAACUCAACGAUCCGGAUGCUUGUUUACAUUCCGGACUGCUGCUGGUUUCGAAGUCGAUACCCAAGGACAUGAAGCGGGACGUACCGAAGGCAUUUGAGUAUCUGAAGAAGGCGUGCGGAAUGAACAAUGCCAAUGCUUGCUUCUAUCUUUCGGGUAUGCACAUUUCCGGUGUGUUGAAGGAUGAAUACAACACAGCCAAGGUGAAGGAAGAGCUGGAAAAGAAGGAGAAAACUUCGCCGGGCAGGGCAUCAUCGCUACCGGAUGGGGCGUACGUAGUGGAGAGGGAUAUGCACAAAGCUUUCGAGUUUGCCUACAAAGCGUGCGAGCUGCGAAACAUGUAUGCCUGUGCCAAUCUUAGUCAAAUGUACGCCAAAGGGGAUGGAACGGCAAAGGACGAGAAGAGUGCGGAAAAGUACAAACAAAUGGCCAUGGACAUGCAGGACGAAAUCAAGAAACAACAGCAGCUCAACUUCCAGCAGGGUCUGAAUCCGACGUAAGGGAACAUUCCGGCAAAUCCGCCGACAAGAAGGUGAGUAGAAGAGAUACCAACAACCACCCAAUUUUUGGUCAUUCUCGUUUGCAAAGUUUUCUCCCAUAUCCUCGUGUGCGUUGUAUGUACCUACGUUCCUGAUUGUACCAUUAUAUUUCUACCGCUUGACACCGCUGCUGAGGAGAGCAUAUAGAGAGUCACUGACUAGAAAUGAAACAAAUUGACGGUUAUCCAAAUUUAGCGGAACUAAAUAAAAACGCUUAAGUGGAAUGUUUAAA